AUGAGACUGCUGAUAUUGCUCGUAGGGUGUCUUCUCUCAUUCUGUUUCUCUCAGAAAUUGAGCCCAGCGGAAGAUGAAGAGCGAUCGAAAACUUGUGGAAGAAUUCCGAAUCAAAACGCCAAGACAAACGAUGAAUUAUCUCCUUGGACCGUUCGAGUUGAAGACAUGUUUUUUCAUGCUGCAACUUUGAUUUCCAAACGUCAUAUUUUGUCAUCCGGUUCUAUUGUUAUCGAUAAAGUUAAGAAUGAAGAUAAAUGGAAAUGGGCAAUGAAUGGCGAAGAAAUAGAUAUGGCAAAAUGUAAAGACAACAAAAUGGAAGUACCAACUAAGUAUCUUACUGUAGAUUUGGCAGCAUGUAGCAAUCAUUUCUUGUGUCCUUGGAGACCAAAAAUUCCCAUCAAAUCGGCUUAUUAUAUCGGACCCUGUGAUGCUAAAUCACUUCCAGACGGAGUAGUCAUUGUGGAAAUGGAGAGAGAUAUUCCAGAAGAUUCAGAGUAUUACAUUCCAGCUUGUAUUCCAGGAACCACAAGUCCUCUGAUAAAAAGAGUCGAUGGGGUCGACACUGUUGUUGGAUUUUCGAUUUACUACAAUGAUGAAUGCAAAAAGAAAACUUUUGCAUCAGUGACGUUUUAUAAGGAUCAAAUUUGUGAGAUAGCCGGAAUUUGUAAGAAAACAUCUACCGAUCCAUACGCACCAAAACAAAUACCACCGCCAACGGAGAUUUCACUUUCCAACAAAUUCAACAAGUUGACAAAAUCCGAAGACGUUGCAAACACAGAGUCGUGUGGAAAACCGACAAAUCCUGGAUCAAGUCUUCCGAUUGAUCUAACUCCGUGGACGGUAAACGUCAAUACUCCAAAUGAUAAUGGAUACAUCUACAACCCAGCAACACUUAUUUCGAAACGUCACGUUGUGGUUGCAGCAUUUGCCUUGUUUAAAGACAAACCAGCUAAAUACUUCGAUGGAACAGCUGCUGUCUACUUUGGGGUCUGUGAGCCGGAAGUUCAAGCAUUCGGUGUGAUUCUUCUGGAAAUGGAUAGUGAUAUCCCAGCAGAGUUUCCUUAUUUAGUUCCCAGUUGUAUUCCAGGAAAAGCGACGCCUGUAUUCGAAGACAAUUUGCAUGUACAUUCGAUUGGACAAGACAAAAACGGACAGUACACAAGGCAAAUAAGUGAGGCAAAGACAGAAAAGUGUACUUCCGGUUAUUUAUUUUAUUGUCAAGUCUGUGCAACUCGUUCCCAGUGUAACAAAGAUUCAUCUGGAGGCCUUUCGAGGAAUAUGAAUGGACAAGAAACGUUGAUCGGCAUACUGUAUUACCGUGGCCCGAAAUGCAAGAAUGAUCAAUUUGUAUCCAUAGAAAUGCUGUCGGAUCUAUUUUGUCUCUACGCUGGAAUCUGUGCCGAGAAAAGUUCCGCGCCAGUGACCGUCCCUUCUAUUCCUGCUGCAACUGGAAAUGUUCCAGUCGAAACAACACCAUCCAAACCUGAUCCCUCCACAGAAAAAGCUGGAGAUCAGGAUACUGUAACAACUAUUCCAGCAGAUUCUUCUGCAGAAGAUGCUACAACUCAAAAGGAUGACAAAGUGAUUGAUCAGAAGCCUGAAGAUGAAAUAACUCCAGAAGCCGUGCAGCCGACUGAUAAACCAGAAGAACCGGACACUACUGAGCCAGCUGAAACAGAUGGAGAUGGGACUACUGUAGAAGACAACCCACCGACUGAGAAACCGGAUGAACCUGAACCAACUGAGCCAGGAGACGAUGAUGAUGACGAUCCAGAAGAGGAUCCGAAAGAGAAACCAAAAGAAGUUCAAAAUCCGGAGAAGCAAGUUCAAAAUCCAAGGAAAGUACCGAGAGUUGAUGAUGAAGAAGAGGAGGAAGAUGACGAAGAAGAAGAAGAGAAUGAGCAUAAGACGACGACUGUCAUUACAUCUUCUGCAAUGAUUAGUUCUUCAAAAAUUGUGGUUUCAUUGAUUUGUGUCAUUUUUGGUUUUGAAAUAUAA